AUGUCUGCUCCCGGUCCUCAUGUGUUUCUGCUGGUCAUCAGAUUGAAUGGCAGAUACACAGAGAGUGAGAAGAACACAGUGAAAUGGAUUCAGGAGAAGUUUGGAGAAGAAGCUGUACAUCACACUUUUGUUCUGUUCACUCAUGUGGAUUUGCUAAUGGGUGAAUCACUGGAUCAGUAUAUCAGGAAAAGCCCUGAUCUACAGUUAGUGAUUGACAACUGUGGUGGCAAAUUUUACUCAUUCAACAAUCAAGACAGAAGCAAUCAAAAUCAGGCCACAGAGCUGCUGGAGAAGAUUGAACAACUGGUGAAGGACAACAGAGGAGAUCAUUACGCCAAUGAGAAGAGAAAGAAGAAACAAGAGGAGCCGAGACAAGACAAUAGUAAAGAGGACACAGAAAGUGACUUAGAUGAACUGCGUAAAGAAACAGAUGAACUCAUGAACCUCAUGAUGAGACUUGAGUUAAGUAAAAUGGCUCUGAGGCUGUCACUAGCGAGAGCAAUGGCACACAGCAAUCUGUCAAGACAAGAUCUGAGGAUUGUGCUGCUGGGUUUUCUUGGAGCAGGGAAGAGUUCAACUGGGAACACCAUCCUGGGCAGAGAUGUGUUCAGAGCAAGUUUAAGGACAACCACUAGGAGCUGUGAGAAACAAGCAGCAGUGGUGUUUGGAAGAAUGGUCUCAAUCACUGACACUCCAGGACUGAUAGACCUUUUCAGAAAAAACAAGGACCUUAAAUCAGUGAUUGACAGCUGUGGUGGCAGAUAUCACACAUUAAACAACAAAGACAGAAGCAAUCAAGGUCAGGUUACUGAACUGCUGCAGAAGAUUGAUGAAAUGGUGCAGAGAAAUGGAGGGAAGCACUACACCAGACAAAACAUCUUUAAAAGACAAGAUGAUACAAGUGGUUGUAAAAUACAAUGA